AUGCCACAUACCAUCCCGGGAUGUGUGCAUCCGAGCAAUUCAAAGGAUUCUGUCGAUUGGUGAGAAAAUAUCAUAGAAACCUUGGGAAAUUUGAAAGUUUUUUCAGGGACGACAAGGGUUUGCUCGCGUACAGUGCACAUAAUGUGAUUUUCCUGGUUGAUGUGACGAAAAUGCAAAGAAUUCAAGCAUUGGAUAUGCAUUCGGCAGCCAUAAAUAUUAUAAGAUGGAGUCCGGAACCUAAAAAAUUGGCGUCUUCUGAUAUUUCUGGGCAAAUUAUCAUCAGUGACCCGCUGACAGCUCAAAAACUCAAUCAAUUUCACAAUGGGAAUAGUGCAGUUCAACGUAAGUUAGGAGCAAAAAUCGGGCAUUGCGCAUAUUAUACUAUAUGUAUUUCAGAAAUGUAUUGGUAUCCUUGGAAAGAUAUUGCACGGGAUUUCAUCCUGGUUUUACACUCGCAAAAUUGUCUGAUUUUAUGGAAUGUUUUGACGGGCGAAAAAGUUUGGUCACAUCAAUUUUCGCAUUUUUCGCUCUUUGAUUUUUCGCUGGACCCGUUUUGCUCCAAAAAUUUGAUUUGUGAGUUUUUUGGGGGCCUAGAAACCCAAAAAGGUGCUUCUGGUGGCCUAGAAACCCGAAAUUGUGCUUCUGGUGGCCUAGAAACCCAAAAUUGUGCUUCUGGUGGCCUAGAAAACCAAACAUUUGCUCCAGAUGGCCUAGAAACCCAAAAUUGUGCUUCUGGUGGCCUAGAAAACCAAACAUUUGCUCCAGAUGGCCUAGAAAACCAAGUUAUGGCCUAGAAACCCAAAAAUGUGCUUCUGGUGGCCUUGAAACCCAAAAAUAUGCUUCUGGUGGCCUAGAAAACCAAUUUCACCCCAAAACCUGUUAUUUUUUGCAGUCAGCUCAUCCGGCAAUAAAGUUCUGGUAACUUGUGAUGUUUCACUGUCAGAACCUCAAUCUUCUGGUCAUAUUUUUCAAGUUUUAUCCGAAAAUUCGACAACUUCGACUAAUUCGACAAAUAUUCAUAUUCUAAAAUAUCACAAAGCCUAUCGAAAUGUGGUUUUUGUUGGAAUUCAGAAUUUUGUGAGUUUUUUGAGGGUGAAAAUUGAUGAAAUUUGGUGAAUUCUAACCCUAAAAACAGGAUUUUUCACUCAAAAACCUUAUUUUUCGCAGAUCUACCUGGUAAAUCCCGAAUUAAUGUGUUGUUUGUCGAAAAUUGGAGUCGAGUCGAAUAUUUUGGAUAUUUUACCGUGUUCAAGAAGAGAUUCGAUAUUUGGAAUUCAUUCGAAUGGAGCUGUUACUUUGAGAAUUGGAACAUAUGAGGAUAAAGAAAAGGAAAAAUCGAGUUUUGGAUUGGAAAAGGUAAAUAUGUAGAAAAAUAUUGAAAGUUAGUUUUCGAGCGAAGCGAGUGUAGACCGCAAGCUUCCGCGUGAGCGGAACUAUCUUCCGCGCAGCGGCGAAGUUAAGCUAACUUCCUCGUAUGCUCAAAUUCUCCUAAUUCCAGAUCUGUCAAACUGAAUGUAUCCGCCACGGAUCGUCUCAAAAAAUAAUGUGUUGUUCAAUUUGCCCAACUACACAAUCUACAAUUUGUGUCAUUUAUCAAAAUGGAAAAUUGGCAUUUUGGCAGCUGAAAAAAUGAACAAACUGAAUUGAGUUAUCGAAAAUCGCUGAUUGAAGAUUUUUUGAGUUUUGAAAGGCCGAAUUUGGAAACGAAGAAGAUUGGAGAUUUGAGCAUUUAUCAAUUGGAAACUAUUGGAAGUUUGGCAGCUGGAGUGACUUGUGUUCGAAUGAGACCAAUGGAUGAGUUAGCCAAAGUCGAGAAUGAUCCGUUUGGUGAGGAUUUUUGAAGGGAAACUGGGAAGCCUAUUAUGAGCUCUGAGACUCAUUUUUGAGCUCUAGAAGUCAAAUUUUGAACCCCAGAAGUCAGAAUUGAGCUCCAGAGCUCAUUUUUAAGCUCCGAAAGCCAAUUUAGAGCUCUAAAAUCUCUCACCUUUUUCUUCUGGAAAUUUCUCAAAUUUUCAGCCAACACAUCUCUUGGAAGUCUUCAUUUAGCAGCAGUUGGAACAAAUUCCGGAACUGUUCAUUUGAUUGAUGUUUUCACUUCGCAAAUCUACAGAGAUAUUUCAGUUCAAGCAAGCCCGAUUAAGUAGGUUUUGAGCUCGAGCGGAGCGAGUGUAAACCGCUAGCUUCCGCGUCAGCGGCCACGCGGAUAAUAGAACUGUGGUGUUGUCACGUCAUAGCAAUCCGCGUGGCCGCUAAAGCGGUAGAUAGUGCCGCUAACGCGGAAGCUUGCGGUUUACACUCGCGUUUCAGCGCUCGCCCAGCCAAAUUCCUAAUUGUUUUUUUUCAGAUGUCUUGAAUGGGGUGGUGUAUAUUCUCUAGUCACAGCUGGUUUCAAUCAUUCUUUGAGUGCCUCUCAAAUUGUACGAAAUGAGAUAUUUAUCACAGAUAUUCGAACUGGAUUAGCGAGAAGAAUUCGACCAGAAGUUGAUGAAUCGCCGAUUUCUAUUUUGAGAGUCAGCUAUUAUCAGUAGGUUUUUGAAUUUUGGGAAAAAAAAACACAUAAAAUUUGAUCAAAAUUAGUUCGAAACCUGAAAAUUCCAGAAAAUUCUGAAUUUUCCAAUUUCCUGCCAUGAUUUAGAGACCAAAAAAUAUUUUUUUCUGAUUUUUUCAAAAAAAAUUUGGGAAAAUAUAAUAUGAGCAAUGUUUUUGACACGUGGAUUUUUGAUGCCAAAUUAUUUUCUGAAAAUUUCAGAAAAUUCUGCAUUUUCUCACUCGCAUUUCAGAAUUUCUUGAGAAAUUUGAGAGUUAGAACGAGACGAAAAAAUAUGUUUUUCAGAUUUUUUUUGGAAAAAUAUAAUAUGAGCAAUAUAUAUUUUUGACACGUGGAUUUUUGGUGCCAAAAAUUUAAAAUUAAUAUGAGCAAUAUUUUAAAAACUUCCUUUUUUGCGUAAAUUUUCAAAAUUUGAAAAUUCAAAAAUGUGUGGAUCCAGUAAAUGUUCAGUUUAAUAUGAGCAAUAUUUUUGACAUAUUAAUUGUUGUAGCGAAAAAAUCUCGAAAUAUUGACAUGAGCAAUCUUUAACGCGAAACCCAGCUCGAAAAAUUAAUAUAAGAAAUCUUUUGACACGUGGAAAUUUUUCCAUGAACCGGAAAAGUUAUCCCAACUUAGUCAGAAGCUAAAUUAAAUUUAAAAGUCCUGAGUUUACAGGGCGUGCUCCGCAAGCCCUGCUCAAAUUCCUUAUUUUCCAGCUGCUACUUGGCCCUUGCUUUCCAACGUGAACCCCUUGAAAUUUGGGACCUAAAAGGUCUGCGACUUCUCCGAAGAAUGUCUCGAAGUUGUCCAUUAAUAGUUGAUAUGGCAUGGUCAAAUAAACAUCAUAGCAUCAAACAAACUGAAUCAACUCAACAAUCUGUUUAUCGAGAAAAUUUGGUAUUAUUAGAUGCCGAAAAUCGAAUUUAUCAUAUCACUUUGAGAGGAUUACAUGUUAGAGAUGGAAAAAUGGUUAAUACACAGGUACUUGAAACAGACAGGAAAGCGGAAUUCGAGCGGAGCGAGUCUAGACCGCAAGCUUCCGCGCAGCGGCAAAGUUAGGCUAACUAUGAUCUGGAUUAACGUCCGAAGAAGUUAUCCUAACCUUGCCGCUUCGCGGAAGCUUCCGGUUUACACUCGCUUCGCUCGAAAGGUCAUUUGAGAAAAAUCGAUAUUUUCACCCUAAGGGAACCAUUUUUAGGCUGAAAAUAUUGAUUUUUAUUCCAAAAAUGCUGAAAAUUUGGAAUUUCUAUCUGGAUUUUCCAAAUUUUCACCAGAAAUUUCUCUAAAAAUCGCCGAAUCUGCAAAUUUUCCCUAAAAAUUGAUUGAAAAAUCGAGAUUUUAUGGAAAAUUUCCAGAUUCCGCACAGGGGAACCUAUCGUCAAUUUUUUAUCGAGCGGAACGAGUGUAGACCGCAAGCUUCCGCGUAGCGGCCACCUGGAUCACUAUGAUAUGGUAAACGUCAUAGCAAUCCGCGUGGGUGCUAACGCGGAAGCUUGCGGACUACAGUUGCUCUGCUCGAUUUUUCACCUGAAAAUGCUUGAAAACCCGCCGAAUCUGCAAAUUUUCCCUAAAAAUUGAUUGAAAAAUCGAGGUUUUAUGGAAAAUUUCCAGAUUCCGCACAGGGAACCUAUCGUCAAUUUUUUUCGAGCGAAGCGAGUGUAGACCGCAAGCUUCCGCGUAAGCGGCACUAUCUUCCGCCUAGCGGCCACGUGGAUCACUAUGAUAUGGUAAACGUCAUAGCAAUCCGCGUGGUUGCUAACGCGGAAGCUUGCGGACUACAGUUGCUCUGCUCGAUUUUUCACCUGAAAAUGCUUGAAAACCCGCCGAAUCUGCAAAUUUUCCCUAAAAAUUGAUUGAAAAAUCGAGAUUUUAUGGAAAAUUUCCAGAUUCCGCACAGGGGAACCUAUCGUCAAUUUUUUUUCGAGCGAAGCGAGUGUAGACCGCAAGCUUCCGCGUAAGCGGCACUAUCUUCCGCGUAGCGGCCACGUGGAUCACUAUGAUAUGGUAAACAUCAUAGCAAUCCGCGUGGUUGCUAACGCGGAAGCUUGCGGUCUCUUUUUUUUUCGAGUGAAGCGAGUGUAAAGUUUUUUCUUGCAGUGGAAAAGUGCAAGUGCCCAAAUAUGUGCAAUGGCCUGGAAAGACGAUAUGUUAGCAGUUGGAGAUGUUGAAGGAAGUCUUGUUGUUUGGGAUUUGGGAAAACGACAAUCGAGACAAGUGAGGGAUAUCAGCCAUUCAAGAGUUCAUCGAAUGCUUUUCUCGAGAUUGGCUGGAGAUCAUACUAUGGCUGUACUACAUUCAAGGUAACCGCAAGCUUCGCGCGCAGCGGCCACGCGUGAUUACUCAUCGAUAUGGACACAAACGUCAUUAAAAAUAAACCGCGUGGUCACUUCACGUGAGCUUGCGGUCUACACUCGAAUUUACACCUGAAAAUAGCAAUUAUCUGAAACCCGCCGAAUCUGAAAUUUUCUAUAAAAAUUGAUUGAAAAAUUGAGGUUUUAUGGAAAAUUUCAAGAUUCCGCACAGGGAAAUCUAUCGCCAAUUUUGUUUUCGAGCGAAAGCGAGUGUAGACCGCAAGCUUCCGCGUAAGCGGUACUAUCUUCCGCGCAGCGGCCACGUGGAUUACUUUGAUAUGGUAAACGUCAUAGCGAAUUUUGAAGGAGCAAAUGUUGAUCGCAAGCUUCCGCGAAGCGGCAAAGUUACCCAAACUUCAGCUAUGUACAGGGCGUGCUCCGCAAGCCCUGCUCAAAUACCUUUUUCUCUUUUUUGCAGAGAAGUAACCCUAUGGGACACCGAAGCCAUGUCUCGAAUCCAAACAAUUCGCUCCGAUUCAACUCGUCUUUUUUUGGAUGCCGAUUUGUGUGGCCUAAGCCCGCUUGUUCUAUCAAAUGAUAAUCAAUUACGAUUUGUGGUGUCGAAUUCGAAAAAUAUUGGAAUUUCCGAAAAAGAAUGGCCUGUUUUGUAUAAAAAUGAGGAAAAUGAGAAGGAAAAUGACAUGAAAUUGGAAAAAAUGCGAAGAAGAAUGAGAGGAGAACAUUUUGGAAGCGGAUUUAUUGGAUAUUUGUAUUGA